AUUUUCCUUUGUUUACUCGCUGAAGCCUUUUAACGCAUAGGAAGAGUCAGCCGGCUGCUGCGGCGUCGCAGGCGAGACUCUUCAUAACCGAACGCGGUCUGCCACAUUUACGCAUUUUAUGUAUAUUCCACUGCUUUAAUUAUUCAGUAUCUCCUAUUUAUUAUACUAUUUAUUCCCGCAGCCUUAUUGACAGGGUCUCCGUUUCGGCUACAUUUAACCAAGUACUGGACCUAGGUACAUUUUUGAGGUACUUGUACUUGAUUAUAUCCACUCUAUGCCACUUCAGAAGGAGGGGAAAUAUUGUUCUUUUUACUUUAAUACUUUUAUUUGUGCAUCAUAACCGAAAGACGCCACAGGUAAAUAACCGACCAGGUAAAUAACUCUUUGCAGUCGAGCUGCAGUGACUAAAUGAUUAGUUGUCAGCAGCUGAUUGAUCGGUUUGAGUAAUUAUUCGUCUGACUUCUUAGAUGUGAAUAUUUUCUACUUUCUGUUGUCCUCUGUGACAGUAACAUGAACAUCUCUGGGUGGUGGACAAAACAAGACAUUUAUUUAUUUAUUUAUUUAUUUGGCUUUUAUUUCCCCACGUGAAUUUCUAAACGACUUUUGAAAUCCUCUUCCAUCUGGUGGUUUUAACCCCGCGUCAUGUUGUGUCUGGUGGCCCGGAGUGACGCGUCAUGCGUCUCGCGUCAUGCGUCCCGCAGCAGGUAAAGCAGGUGGAACGAGUCACAGCAACAAUGAAGGGCAUCAAUUAAGUGCUGUUAGUUACACAAACUCCUGCUGUGAUUGGCUGCGUGUUCUGCUCCUCCGGUCGGCGGCUCACAUCCUUCACUGGAGCGAAAGCCCUGCACUGAAAAUGUCACAUAGACAUGCAGGUUUAAUUAGGAAAAUGUACUUAAAGUAUUGAUGAUAAAAGUCCUGAGCAAAUCCUCCCGUCGGAGAAGAUGAAGCCAUCGUUUCCUUUAUGCCGUUCAGUGACUCCACCUUCUCCAAUCGUGUGGUGCACCCUGCAUGGAUCCGUGUUCAACCUGAUCCUGCUGCUGCUGCUGGCCUGCCACUCCAAGGCCGUCUUCUCGGACCCCGGUAUGGUGCCGCUUCCUGACACGGCCAUAGACUUCUCAGACCUCCGCUCGCAGUCGUCUCGGAUGAACGAGCGGGGCUGCGAAGGCUGGACGGUGUGCAGUCGCUGUGAAACCUACAGGCCUCCCAGAGCGCAUCACUGCCGCGUCUGUCAGAGGUGCAUACGCCGCAUGGACCAUCACUGUCCCUGGAUCAAUAACUGUGUCGGAGAGCUGAACCAGAAGUAUUUCAUCCAGUUUCUCUUCUACACCGGCAUGGCCAGCCUGUACUCGCUGGUGCUGGUGGUGUCGGCCUGGGUGUGGCGGAUAAGGAGCGAGACGGAAGUCGGCGCAGAGAAAGAAGGGGAGGAGACGCCCAGCAAGCACCUGAUAGUUGCUCACUACAUCAUCCUGCUGGUGGAGUCAGUGCUGUUUGGCGUGUUUGUCAUGGUCAUCUUCUACGAUCAGCUGGUGUCCAUCAUCACAGACGAGACGCCCAUAGAGCAGAUGAGGAACAGGCUGAUGAUCAAGGACAGGGGCUCUUCGUCUUCGUCCUCCUCCUCCUCCUCUCAGCUGUCUCACCACCCCCAACACACCCGCAAGCCGAAGCUCGCCCUGCUGCGGGAGGUUUUCGGCAGAGGUUCGGUCUUUUGCUGGCUCCUUCCUCUCCACUCCAGUCCUCCGUCGGCAGGCGGCAUCACCUACUCCGCCCUGCCCGACUACGACGUCUGACCGAGAGAGACGGUGGGCGGAGGAUGAAGUGCGAGGUUUUGCGUGUUUGUGAAACUGUGUGACAAAGAGUGAGUUUUCCGGUUAACUACGACGUCUUAUCGUUGGACUUGAGAGGUGAAGAGGAAGGAGGACAAGGACCAAGACUUGGACGAAUGAAGCGUGUGUGUGUGUGUGUUUUCGAUGAAUGAAUGAAUAUUGUACUGUGUGUGUGUGAGACUUUAUCCCCCAGGGCUGGCUGUGGUAAGGUAAGCUGUCCUGUCAUAAGGCAGAGCUCAAGUGGUCAAUUUGUGUCCCUCCUGUGGACACUGACGCUGAACCGUUAACAUGUGUAAAGAUGGCCGACGUGUCUCCACUUUCACACUGUAGAAAAGUGAAGCUGACGUAUCCCGGAAACCGUGCGGCGGUGAUCGGGCUUUACUGCGAGGAGCUCUCGUGUCCUCCAUCUUUUGACAUAACGUUUAGGUCUUCGUGAGACCAAAACCGCCCCAUGAGAACAAGAUGCUAAUGUGGUCUGACUCACAUGUUUUCUUUGGUUGAAAGUAAGUCAGUGAUGAAAAUGUCAGCCGGUCUCUGACUUUGAGUGUGGACUCACCUGUUAGCCUGACCCCAGUGCUGUCCUUUACGACGCCGUCUCUGGGGGAGUUGACUUCAGGCCAGUAUUCGCGCUAACAGGUGUUUUAGCACACAAACUUUCUCUUUAACAAGCUAAAAGCAGACGAGAGGUCAACUUUCUGUUUCUUUAAAGCGUUUUCACUCCGUCAGCCUCCGAGUGAAAACGGGUCAAGCUUUAAUAUUUUGAAAACGACGCUUUCAUAAUUUGCUUAUGUACACUAUAUGGCCAAAAGUGUGUGGACACGUGAACAUUACACCCAAAUGUGUUAGUUGGACGUCUCAUUUUAAAUCGAUGGGCAUUAGAUGCUCCACUUGUCUGGUUCAGGCUUUCCACCAGGUGAUGAGGUCUGCCUCACGGUCCGGUCCAUGUCUGAGGUGUUGGACUGGAGUGCAGGGCUCCGAGCACACACUGUUGUAUGAAAUAUCGUUAACGUGAUGUUCACACUCGUCUUCGCUAGAAUUCCCCAAAUCAUGAAGAACAGAGAUGGAACGUCUGCAUACUUUUGUCCACAUAGUGUAAUGAUUAAUGAUAAUGCUAUAAGGUAAUGAUUCACUAGCUCUUUUUUUCCAACCUCUUAAAACCAAAAAGCACUGUAGGUCAACUUGUUUUUUUAUUAUUUAUUUAUUAUUUAUUCUCAAAGCAACCACUUGAGCUUAAGAUAUCGAUUAUACCACAACACAACAAGUUUAACCUGUACAUUUUUAUAUUACACGCUACGCUACACACAGCUGCCUGUCCUCUGUUACGUCCUCUGAAUUAAUACGACCAAACUGGUACGAACAAGAACAAAUGAGAUAUUAUUACUUUUUAUGUGUGUUUUUCCCCCUCAUUCCUGUGUUUAAUUUGAAGUACAAAGAAGUUUGACGUGUUGACUAACUGAACCGUGUUGCACUUAUAGAGUACGCCUCUCAGUAUUCUGCUAAAUCUCAGUGAAGGGACGAUUCUUAACAUAUUUAUUGUUUCUAACUAUUCCGUGGACUCUACCAAACCAGCGUGUGUUUGUACUGGAGGGUGGAAGCCGCCUUUCUCGCGCUGACCCCGGUUUGGAUGUGCUGCUGCUGUAGGACGGAUGACGGCGUGUACAGAUUUGUAACACACCUGUGUGAAGGUGAGGGUUAAUUCAAACCCCCGGCUGCUUCUACCUGCAGUACGUCUUACUUUGUAUUUGCCGUGAAAUGUUGUCGCAGCUUGUUUGUGUUUCCAAACUCCUCAUACUGAUUUUCGGUGGAGGGUAGUUAAAGCCUGAUCGGAAAACUGCGACCUGUUUGGGUCACGUUUGACCAUGAAACACUGAGGCGGAUUUUCGUGGCAGAGAAACCAAAGGCGACUUCACCGCUCCAGAUGUUUUUAUGUAUGUGUAUAUACUUAUUCUUCUAACUGUGUGUUUGACCUGGGCUGAGCCUCAUAAGAGUUCUUCAGGUGCUUCACCUGAUAUGACAGACCAUCCAUUUUGUUGAUUGCGGUCCUCGUGGUGGGGGUUUGAGCGAGUACCUGAAUGUGAUGAAGGAGACUCCCCACUGGGCAGCUAACCGCAGUUUAUCCAUUGCAGUUUAUAAAUAUUUGUAAAUAGUUUUCUAAUAGAUAUUAAACGGAGCAGCUUCUGAUCAACUUCAGAUUUCAUAAAUAAAUGACUUCCAGUUAAACCCCCCCCCCCCUUCCAAGUUUGAGUCCCCCACCCACCUUUUGAUAUAAGCCCCGCCCACUCCGAGUCCAGCUGCUGAUGCAGAUAACGGUGUACUCGCUCAUCCCUCGGCCUCGUGAGAACGACUGCCGGUUUGGAGUCAUUUUUUUCUUGAAUUAUGUGACUUGAAUCUGCCUUUUUUAAAUUCAAAAUUUAAAUUUCAUGUGUUUCAAGAAAAUCAAGCAACUAACAUUUACUGUCUCCUAACCCAGUCAGUGAGAACUUGGAGAGAUGUUAGCGGUUAUGGGAGGAGUGCAGCCCUGUUUGCUUCUCACUUUUGUCAUAUUACUGAAUUACUUCUAAUUGGUAAACUCAACACAGAGGUGGCCAGUAUGGCCACAGCUCAUAGCAGCUUCAUGACUUGGUCAUGUUUGGGAUAUGACUGUUGGUGCUUCAGUACAGUUUCUGAUCAGAACCCGUGAAGUACAGAAGUCAACACAUAAUUGAAAGGGAAGGUAAACACAGUCGUCUUUAUUCACAGUUUUACCACCUGUAGUGUCAGUCCUCAGGGCGCAGUGUCUUAAAACUUUGAAUCCAGAUCUUAAAACUGGGCGUUUUGAAAACCAGGAGAUGUGAUCCUGAUCCGACAGAGCUGAGGUUUGGAUUCUGUAGUCCAACCCAGCAUGGCAACGAAGCGAGUGUCCUCCAGGACUGAUUUCUGUUGUGUCUGAGGACGAAAAGAAACUUGGCUCAAAUGUUUUUUGUAACCUCUCAUAACCUCUGUCCAAGCACUCACUGACGGUCUGGAUUUCUGAGACAUGCCGGCCCAGGUCUGGUUCCUGUUAGCUGUACAUAGGAAGGUGCAUAUUUUAUAUCGAUGAUGUGCAAUUUUCAUGAAGGGAAAGUUACUGAAACUCAGAGCAUUUUGUUUUUGGCUGUUGUUUUCUAUCUGGGUAAAACAAAACAAAGGUUUGAAAUGUUUUGUGGAUGUUUGAGGUGCAGGAGGUUUUGUCUUCUGAUUUGUCUCUCAAAGGUCGAUGAAGAAAAAUGAAGAUUCUCACCUCAUGAUGUUCGUGUAAAAACAUUUCCAACUGCCCAGGUGUGGUUUAAACUAUCAGGGUACCGACGUGCUCAUUUGACUCUCUGGAAGAAUGCAGUUGAUUUGUUCUUUUUGUUUGUUUGUUUGUUUGUAUUGGUGUCGAUGAACAUGGUGCGCUCGUUUCGGUUUCCUCCACAUUGGUGCAGAUGCCUGAAACCUGGAACGAGCGCCCCCCACUGGCUGUUUUACUUGACAGCGGGAAGGAAUGUACGUGCAAACAAAGAGGGCCUGAAGUCAACACUGAGCCACCAGCCAAACACACUCAGCUCGUUCAAAAGCAUGAAACUUUAUCAACCUCUUAACAUAACAAAGUGCAACAACGUCCCAAAGAAGCGUGUCGAGAAGGUGGUGAAUGAGUGCAGUGAAAACUUUCUGGUGAAAAAGGGAUUUUUUUUAUCAUAUUUUGCACACUUAGCGCACUUUUCCUCCUGAGGAACUUCUUCAGCUGCUAAAACUCUGUGUUUGUUGGCUGGUAGGUUUAAAAAAAGAGUUAAUUUCAGGCCCUUUAGACAAAAGCAACAGAACGUUUCUUAUCAUGUGGCUUCAUGAUGAACGCGUUUACAACUGAUAAACGUUUGGUGUUUUAUUUAUUGUUGCUGUCUUCAAAGUGUGACCUGUAUAUUAUUCCUGAUGACCUGCUGCUCUGCCUCGUUCGACUGGAAGUAAAACAGUCUUUUAAACUUCA